AUGUCUUUUUCUCGCAACGGAUGGGCAGUUUGUAUACACACAGCCAAUGGCGCUGUAUCCAAUGUGACCCUGUGUCAAGGAGAUUCUUCUGGUGGAACAGUAACUUAUCAGGGACGUUUUGAGAUUCUUCCUUUGGCUGGCUCAUAUCUGCUGUCAGAAAGUGCUGAGCUGAGCAGUCGAACAGGUGGACUUAGUGUUUGUCUUGCUGGUCCUGAUGGCCGUGUUUUAGAUGGUGCUGUAGCUGGACUUCUAACUGUAGCUUCUCCAGUUCAGGUGGUCAUUGGGAGCUUUGUAGCUGAUGGGAAAAAAAGCCCGACCCUGGAUCAACACCUGGGAAACCUGUUUCUGAUGGGUUUCCAUCUGCUACCAGUCCAUCGUCGAGGGGUACUGAAUCCUCUGGUGGUCAUGGAAGCCUGGCAAAUAUUGCUGGCUCGUUUAACAUGGGCACCCAACCAGGCCUUCCUAACUUCCUCUCAUGGAAAUGAGGUUAGCUGA